UCACAGCCGCCGAGUGGGGAAAUUCUUUGGCUCGUCAUAGCGUCUUUCUAGCCAAUCUCUCUCAUCUCUAUCACUGACUCGCCGGACUGGGUGACGUUGGACAACAAAGAUGGCGGCGGGAAGCAGUAACUACUGGGAAGAUCUGAGGAAGCAGGCCAGACAACUGGAAAAUGAAUUAGAUCUCAAAUUAGUUUCUUUUAGCAAACUCUGCACAAGCUACUCCCACAGUAACUCCAGAGAGGGAAGACGCGACAGGUAUAGUUCUGAUACAACGCCACUCCUAAAUGGAUCGAGUCAGGAUCACAUGUUUGAAACCAUGGCUGUUGAAAUUGAACAACUCCUUACAAAGCUUACUGGGGUGAAUGACAAAAUGGCAGAGUACAGCAGCACAGCUGGUGUGACAUCAAUAAAUGCAGCACUAAUGCACACAUUGCAGAGACACAGAGAUAUACUGCAGGAUUACACACAUGAAUUCCACAAAACAAAAGCGAAUUUCCAGACUAUUCGAGAAAGAGAAGACCUCAUGGGAUCAGUGCGGAAGGAUAUUGAAUCUUACAAAACAGGCUCUGGUGUGAACAACAGGAGGACAGAGCUGUUCCUGAAAGAACAUGAGCACCUCAGAAGUUCUGAUCGGCUGAUAGAAGAAACCAUAAGCAUUGCAAUGGCUACAAAGGAAAACAUGACGUCGCAGAGAGGAAUAUUAAAAUCCAUACAGAGCCGGAUGAAUACCCUGGCUAAUCGUUUUCCUGCAGUGAACAGUCUCAUCCAGAGGAUUAACCUGCGGAAGCGCCGGGAUUCUCUCAUCUUGGGCUCCGUUAUUGGCAUUUGCACUAUCUUGCUGCUACUUUAUGCUUUCCAUUAAUAACUGACACAGACUCUGCCACAAACCAGAGGAGCAGCUACAUCAGGAUGGAAGAAAAACAUGGAAGUUGAAGUUCUGCACACACCAAGUGUAUAUAAGGGAGUGGGGAUAUUACAGGAAUACUUUACUUUUAUUUUAUAUUGACAGGCUAUAGUACUGGCAGCAUCCAAAUUGCAGACCAGUAGCUGUACAUAGUCAUUGUCAUCUAAUCUUCUAUGUACAUACUGAAUUUUUUCCGAUUUGUGAAAGGCUUAUUGGUGUCUGUGAGAGGAAAUGCUGAGCGGGCACCUUAAAGGACCACUAACCCACUAAAGAUUUGUUAUAAUGUACUGUAUGGCAGGCAUUGCAGAUCAGUAAGGUUGUGUAGAUAGGCUCAUGGACAAUUUUACUAGCUUAAAUAAUUCUUAUUCAGUUAUAUGAAGAUGUAUACCAGGCACAUGUACAUAACCAAUUUACUAUGUACUGAUAACAUUUUCAAGGCAUGCAGAAAAAAACAUCAGUCGCCAAUAUCCACGCAAAUUUGUAGAAACCUGACAUAUUUGUGGUGAAGUGUUUUGAAAUGGUAUCCACACCGUUGGUCUGGUUUAGUGUUCCUGGAGGUAGCAAGCUUCAGUUAUUUAUACAGUAACCAUACAGUCCUUGUUUGACCAGACUUCACAAAAAAAAAAUAUAAAGUAUAUAUCUAUACCCUUUUUAUUUACAAAAAAAAAGUAUAUUAAUAAUCUUCAUGGUGGAAAACGGGUAACAUUGCAAUGUUAAUUUAAAGCAAACCCAUCAUGUUGAAAAUGCCAUAUGAUCAGCAGGCAGCAUGAGCUGAGCAGAUGGAUAUAUGUUUUUGUGGGAAAAGGUAUAAGAGAGCUAGUAAUUUAUUAAUUUAAACUUUUGCUCAUUUUGGGUUUAGGAGUCCAGUGGGCGGUCCUAAUUUAUUAGGAGUCCAGAGGGCAGAGGAGUCCAGUGGGCGGGCCUAAUUUAUUAGGAGUCCAGAGGGCGCUCUUACUCAGUUACUGAGUAAGACCGCCCUCUGGACCUCUAAGUGAAGAAUGAGCCAAGGUUUAAAUGAAGAAAAUGUAUAUUACAUUUUAAUUUAAAUUAAUAAAUGUACUGAAUCUUUUUUUUUUUUAUAAAUACAUAUAUGAAUCUGCUCAGCUACUCCUACUCUAUGACAGCCUGCCUGCAAUUUUAUUUUGCCAGGUACCCUUUAGGGUGGGGUCACACGAGCCAUAUUUUGCGGCAUACUUGCUGCUUCGAAUUUUCCUGCUCAUUGAAGUCAAAGGGUAGUAAAAUCAGCUGCAGAAAGGCCAUAUUGGAAGUUUGACUUUGGGUCCCCUACAGAUUGAUAAUACUAAGUGUUAAAGGAGUAGUCCAGUGGUGAUUCAGGGAUAAGUUUUUCACCACUGGACUACCCCUUUAACUGUACAUUUGGUUUUAACAUUUUAGAUGCUAAACAGUAAUGUGCACUAAGGUGGAGGUCUUCCUUAAAGGGCAGAGUGACUCAGGUGCGGAUGCACUGAUGGCAGCCACAGAGGGACAAUAGAGCGAGCUCCCGACUGCAGGCGGGUAACUCUGUGUGUUCACUCUUAGUGGCGGAUUCCCCACUGUAGAAAUCCUCCGCUACGAGCGUACACACAGAGCUUCACAGCCACAGUCAGAAGCUCGCUCUGCAGUCCCUCUGUGACUACAGUGGGUGCAUCCGCAGCUGUGGCACUAGUUCUGUAAAAAUAAAAUAAAAAUCGCAUUGCGGCCCCUUUAAAUAAGCUGUGUUUAGGCUGAAUGUCUUAUUUAGUCAUUUGGGUGAAAACUGAGCUCUUGUACAAGCAAUCCAUACAUGAGUUUUAUGUUUGACAUAGCUGUUGAAGGUAUGUGGUUAUAUAUGUGCAUAGUCACCAAACUUAAAGUGUUCCUGUCAUUUUAAAAAGAUUUUGACAUGUUACAGAGACUCGUCAAAAGUUUUCGGUGGUAAGACACUUUAGUGAAACUUCUAUUAGGCUCAUAUAUAUAAACAAAAAAAGAAAUGGAGAAAUUUCCUCUAGAAACCAAUUUGCUAUUUACUUUGGCUUUCAGAUUACUCCAUAAAGAUGUCCUCUGGAUUUAGAUUGUUAUUAGCAAUUUCUCCACUUAACGGCCAAUAUGUUUAGUUUUCUAGUGAAAGUUACAGAGUACCCUAGUAUCCUUUCGUGGUUCAAAAUGGCACCUUUUUUUUUUUUGCAAUUUUUUUAAUUAAAAAUAAAAUAUGAAGCAUCUUUGCUGUUAGUCUUGCUCAAAACAUCCUUCCAUUUUAUGUAUACAGCACUUAUGCAGACCCAUUUCUAUCCAUUUCUACAGGCUACAAACAAACCCUGUGUGCCUGUUUUUGAAAGAGUUUUUUCAUGAUGCAUGAUUUUUGUAUGAUGAUGAUCUCUCUAUGUAAAUUCAGUACAGCCUUAGGCUGGAAAUGCACAUGCACUUUUUUGUGGCAGUAUCUUUAGCUAAACACAGAAGGGGAUCCAAAUGAAAGAAGAAUCAGUCAUUCUGUUAUGUUUUCCUUUUUUUGGCCCUACCACAAAAACAGCAUUUUUGACUUUCUUCUUCCUUCUAAGCCUCCUAAAUACUUGUUUUACAUGAGCAUAUUACUGAACUGACACCUGUAAUGUGCAUGUGUGAAUUUAACUCAAGACCAUUAGCAAAGUUGCUUCAUUUUUUUUAUUUUAGCUGUAUCUCAGUUAAAACAAUAGAAGUGCUUCAAAUAGAAUGAAAGUUAGCGGCAGCUCACCAAUUUUUUGGUGAGCUGCCGCUAACUUUCUUUCUAAUUGAAGCACUUCUACAUUUGUGUGGACUUUGGUAUGCUGAGCACCACCACGGGCUUAAGCAAGUGACUGUGAUCUAGACCUCGGUACAGGAUUUCUGCAUUACUCCUUAGCAACCACAGUAGUGCCAGUGGAGAUUUCUAUUUUUAUGCACAUCAGUUAAAACCAUGUGUGUAUGAUAUCGUUAGCCACUAAGAUUAUUCAGAUUCAUAGAACGUUUGCAGUUGUUUGUUAGUUCAUUUUCCCAAGAUUGCCAGUCAAUGAAUUUGAAGAAGUCAUUCUCCUGCUUUUUGCCCCAGCUCUCCUCAUGUAUGCAGCAACCACCACCUCUGCAUGGAGCAGUGGUGAUCACCCCCUUCUUCUUUUUGUGGUCCACUAAUCACACUGCAGAUCAGCUUAUCAUCAGCCGCAGUGAUGUCCUGCUUCGGCUGGUGUGAUAGGCUGAGUGGCAGUGUGACAUAUAAAGCUUCGGCACAAGGAAGAAGACCAGGGCUCAAUAUGUUACACUGCCACUCAGCCUAUCAGCAUCCAAGACAGGACAUUGCUGCCUCCAGCGAUAAGCUGAUCUGCAGUGUGACUAGUUGACCACAAGAAGCAGUAAGAGGACUGCAGUGGAGGCCGGGAGCAGGAUGCCAAAGAUACUAAGGGAGCGACUGGAGGGAAGUCCAUGUUUUUUUUUUCUUUUUUGUUUUGUUCAUUUUUUAAUACCAGAAUUGUGGGGAGUUAAAAAAAAAUUUUUACUGGCUUCCCGUAGUGCUUAUCUAAAUUCUUAAUUAGAAGUUCAAGAAAAAAAAAAAAAAACUGUUCCCAAAAAUUGAGAGCUGCAGAUCUCUAUAUAGGCUUUGAAAAACUCUUACAAUACAGAGAUGCUUCUUAACUGGUGGUGUGUGUUACAUUAUGGAAAAUGACAACUUUUGAUGUGUACAAGCCACUAGAAUAUAUCUACCCAUAAUUUUUAAGUUGGGUGCAAUCUUUGCUUCAUUAAAUAUUUUCAUGUGACAGUCAUAUCAUGUCGGGUAUCACCAAUUUUGCAGUUGCUUCAGAAUUGGUAUGAAUACCAAUGUCUUACUUCAUAGUUCAUGCAAGAAUUACUUUCAAAGAAAUGCAGCCUAAGGAUGAUUGUAACACUAGAGAAGUUAAUGGCCCCUAUUUAUACUGGUCAUGCAGAUGAACCUAAAUGAGAACUUCCUCCUUGUAACAGAGCCUAUUGCAUACCAACUAUCACCCCUGUAUUUCACUGAGCUGAAUUUCUAGUGGUAGAUUGUGUAGGCAUAAAAUGAUUUCUACUGUGUUAAGGCAAAAAUCUAAGUGGUUAUCCAGUUUAGGAAAAUGUAUCCUGUGUGCAAAUUAUAGGGGAUAAGUGUCUGUCCGUGGGGGUCCAACCAUUGGGAUCCCAGCUUUCUCCUGCACGGCGCUCCGGCUCUCUUCAUGCACGAAGCGGGGGUCGGCACCCGCCCUUCAUGCAUCUCUAUGGGAGAGCCAAAGUGCUGUACUUAGGCUUCUCCGGCUCUCCCAUAGAUAUGCAAGGAGGGGGAGUGUCCACCACCACUUCGUGCACUGGUCGAUACAGUCCGGGCAUGGGGAAGGGCGAGCGGUCCCAGCGGUCGGUCCUCCCGCUAUCUAACACAUCCCCUUCCCUUUGGAAAGGGGAUACAUUUUCCAAACUGGACUACUCUGUUAAUAUUGCAACUGCCCAGCUUAGACAUUGUUGAGGGACCUCAGAUGGCAUGUGACCAAAUGUCUGGGUUCAGUAGUCUUUCAUGCAGAUAGGAAUGGAAUUAACAAAUCCUUGUUUAGUAGAUUCUUCAUCAAUUUUAGAAUGCAAGUUAUAGCAUAAAACAUUAUUUCAUAUAGUGUGCUGCUGUGUAUAGAGUUUUAUGAUUUUUACAAAACAGAAGGAAAAAAUUGUGCCCAUUUAUGAUUUAAGAAAUUUCCUCAAGAUAGUGUAUGCUGCCUUAUGCACAUACUGACUUUGAAGGAAACCAUAGUAAACCAAGUAUGCUGUAUUAGUGCCUGCCACUGAUAUUUUAACAAAUACAAUUUUUGACAUGAGUGCAAAUUCUACCAAUGUAUUUCCAUUUCACACUGAUGGCAUAUUAUUGAGCCUCACUAGACCUUAGAAAGAGAGCAUCACUGAUUCAGCGGCUGUAGUUCUCAUGCACAGUAGAUGACAAGGUGCCACUGUGCAGGGAAAACUGAAGGGACCACAGAAAAUUCGGUGCCACAGCUCCUCAAUCCAAGAAAUUCUGACAAAGGUGGAGCCACACUUUGACAUGAGAUAGAGAUGAGAGGGAAUACCUUUUUAGGGUAGGGUCACGUGCAGUAUUUUGCUGUAUAUUUUCUGCCGCUGAUUCUGCGUUCCAUUGACUUGAAUGGGUAGGAUAAUACGCAGCAGCAAAAUAGGGCACAUGUGACCCUACCCUAAGGCAGUACUAAGGCUUUUCUAAAGGUAAACUGACCAUUUAGCCACAAAAUUGAGAUUUGAUGAUGUCAUGUGGAUGAAUACAUAGAAAUAUACUCUAAUAAGACCACAUACUUUUAGUUUUUGCUUGCCAGUAGAUUUUUUGGCCAGUUUCCAUAAUGUGACCAUAUUUUAGUGUCUUUGAUACAUCUCCUAUACCCUGACUUCUUGGGAUUCUAGUGUUCUAAACAUAGAUCCUUAUGGUGAUUUAAGUGGUCUGCAUUUUGGCUAUUUGUAAUCAACUGCCCACUUAAAUUUACCAAAGGCUGAUAAUCAGAAACUAGGGAACCAAUGGGUCAGUAAUACUUUUUGUUUUGUAGUGUUUUGAUUAGUAUUUUUUAGUCUAAACCAGGAUUGGAUCUGACGCAGAGAGAAACUAAUGGAAAGAUUUGCUUCUGUGUUUUUCACCCACUCCUGGUUUUGGCUUUAAAAAUGCUGACUAAAUUACUGUGUGUGAACAUAGCCUAACGGUUCUUACAUGGGGAAAAUUUACAUUUUAUGCUUUCUCUUGGAGCCUCUUUCAAUUUUGUUAGGAAACCACAAUUACAACAACAUUUGAAUCCUAACUAAAUCACCAUUAGAUUACUAAAUAGUAACUUGCAAGAAUGUAGCUAGAAUAUAGCUUUACUUAUAUAAUAGUCCCUGUUGAAGUGAAAGGUUGUAGCCAGGCACAAAUGCCAAGUUAUCCCUUUCUACUGACAUACCAUGUAUGUGUGUGAUCUCCUGUCGAAUGUGACAACUAAUUUAUUCAACAAUCCUCUUGUAAAGUGUUGGCAUUAUGAAGGGAUAUCUGAACCCAAAGUACCCACCUGUAUAUAAUCUUUCCCAUUUAAUAGCACUUUCUUAUUUUGCUUUACAAAUUGCUCAUUGAAACUAAUUAUAUUUUAUUGCUCUUGUAAUUAUUUUCCCAUCUUUGCACCCAAUGUGCAAAUCCUGUCUGUAAUAAAGGAAAAAAGCUUUGUUAUGUAAUUUAAUAAUAAAUUAGAGUUAUACAUG